AAAUAUAAAACCAGAGACUUCGACGACCAAGCCUAAUUCCCAAUUCACCUUCUUUCAUCAACCAUAUUUCUAACAGAAAUUGUAAAUAGUUACGAAGUUGGUCACAGCAAACUCUCCCUCUCCUGCCAAUGGCUGACAGUUCUAGUACCGCCAGUAGCACUGCCGCGUUCGUCGCUGACAGUUCUAGUACCACCAGCAGCACCGCCGCUUCUACGACGGCAAAGUCAAGAGAAACUAGAAGCUGGGCAGACGAAGCCGACGAGAUAGAUCAAACCGAGCAGUCUGAAAACGCUAGCGCCGAGACUGAAAUUGGAUCUCUACAAAUUGACGAGUCCAAAAGAGUCAACAACUCCACUCUUGAUGAUCCAGAAGAUUCCAGAAUAGAAGCCGUUACAUCUGGCGACACGUUGUACAAAUCAGCGAAGAGAUUUGAGGAUUUGAACUUGUCUCCUGAGUUAUUGAAGGGAUUAUAUGUAGAGAUGAAGUUUGAGCGACCUAGCAAAAUUCAAGAGAUUAGUUUACCCAUGAUUCUUACGCCGCCCUACAAGAAUCUUAUUGCUCAGGCUCAUAAUGGCUCUGGUAAAACUACUUGCUUUGUGCUUGGAAUGUUGAGUCGGGUCGAUCCGAAGCUUCGUGCCCCUCAAGCUCUCUGUAUUUGUCCAACCAGAGAAUUGGCUAUUCAGAAUAUGGAAGUGCUGUUGAAGAUGGGGAAGUUCACUGGUAUAACAUCAGAGUUAGCUAUCCCAGCAGAUGCAGCCAACUACAUACCAAUUUCAAAGCGGCCACCUGUGUCAGCACAAGUAGUAAUUGGCACACCUGGAACUAUAAAUAAGUGGGUGACGGCAAGGAAACUGGGCAUGAGUUGCAUGAAGAUUCUUGUAUUUGAUGAAGCGGACCACAUGUUGGCAGAGAGUGGUUUUCAGGAUGAUUCCAUAAGAAUAAUGAAGGCAAUUGUCAAAGCCAGCGUUGGCUGCCAGGUGCUUCUGUUUUCUGCAACGUUUGGGGAAAGUGUCAAAGCAUUUGUGACAAAAAUUGUUAGAGAUCUUUUCGUGAAAGAUUAUAACCAAAUGUUUGUGAAGAAAGAAGAACUUUCGCUGGAUUCAGUGAAGCAGUAUAAAGUGCAGUGUCCGGAUGAACUUUCAAAAGUCAUGGUGAUUAAAGACAAAAUUCUUGAACUAGGACAGAAGGUGGGGCAAACAAUUAUAUUUGUUCGUACAAGAAACAGUGCGAGUAUGUUGCAUACAUCAUUGGUGGACUAUGGCUAUGAAGUGACAACAAUUCAAGGGGCUCUUAAGCAAGAAGAUAGAGACAAAAUAAUCAAAGAGUUCAAAGAAGGAUUGACACAAGUUCUUAUAUCAACUGAUCUUCUUGCUCGUGGAUUUGAUCAAUCGCAGGUUAAUUUGGUGGUUAAUUAUGAUCUCCCUGUAAGACAUGAGAGUCCAUCAGAGCCAGAUCAUGAGGUAUACUUGCAUCGGAUUGGUAGAGCAGGGCGUUUUGGCCGCAAAGGUGCCAUAUUCAACUUGCUCUGCGAUGACCGAGACAACAUGCUGAUGUCAAAGAUUGAGAACCAUUUCAAUAGUCAAGUGACUGAGAUCGCCUCAUGGAAAAGUGAGGAGGAUUUUGAGAAUGCUCUGAAGAAAGCUGGCUUGCUCUAAGUUGAGUAGAAUGUACCUUUUGUUGGUCAACAGAUCUCAGGAGGUGGAUGCACUAUCUGUAUUUCGCUGAAGCAGCAUCAGCGAAACAGACUGUAAAUUGAUGGCAUGUAUUUGGCUAUUUGGUCUUGUCAGGGUGUUUUUUUCUUCCUGUCUUGGUAAAUAUGUUCUAUUCAUUUUCUCCUCAACUAUUUUGAGUAAAACAGACUGGUAAUGCUUGGAAAUGGCUUUUGUACUGUUGAAACAUCAUAGGCCUAGAGUGCUCCUGAAAUGCAGAGGUAUCAUUGUUCAUAAUUGAUUGCUGUCAGGUUCACUUUCUAUUUUCAAUUUGGCGGUUCAACAAUCUUUAUCUGAUGUAAAAGAGAUUGUACAUUGCAAAUAAUGCAAGUCAAGUGUAGGUAUCUUCAGUGGUUGAA